ACGUACACCACCUCCACAUCAAAGUAUCAAACCACACCAGUUACUAAAAACACCCAAGUCUUGUCUAUAUAAAUGGACGUGUACUACAUGAUCUGGCAAUCCAAAUCAUCCAAUCCAGUCGCCUCUUUCAGAAGGGAAAGCAGAGAGAAAGAAAGGAGCUAGAAGGCCUCGAGUGAAGUGAGCAAGCCAUGGGCUCGGCAACAGUCCUGGAGGUGAUCCUCGCCAUCAUCCUGCCUCCCGUCGGCGUCUUCCUGCGCUACAAACUCGGCGUGGAGUUCUGGAUCUGUCUCUUGCUGACCAUACUGGGGUACAUACCGGGGAUCAUCUACGCGGUGUACGUGCUGGUAGUUUAAGCAACAGCCUCUGCUGCAGGGUCCAGGCUUGGACGAGCGAGUCGCUGUGCAAGAGCAACUGAUGCUGUCUGUGUUAAGAUAGCAUGUCUUUGUGUAUGCUUGUAUGUAUUGAAUAUUGCGGAUUUCAUUUAUUUGGGGAGCUCGGUAUUGUCGAUCCUGUGAUGUCACGAGUGUACGUAGCUCGGGGACUUUAGGGCAUUCGUCGGCUGUAGUGUUUGUGAUCUUAAAUUUAAAGUAUUGGAUGUCCAAAUGAUCUUUCGGAAGCAAUCGAAGUUGGAGGUCAGUAUUGUUUUUUUUAACACAGUACAGACGCAAGCGCUCGUAUAAAUAAAUGAAUUGAACAAAUGAUUAAGGUCAUUUUUAAGGAUGAA